GUCUCCAGCCCCACGCUUGGCACAGAGCGGUCGGGACACCACAGUCUACACGGUGAUUCAGUUUCAUCUCUUUCUCCCUCCAAAGUGUUUUUUUAUGCAGCAUCAGCUGAAAUAUUGAUGCCCAGCUGUACAUCUCUAGCCUGUCUGCAGCCUCUGACAUGAAGCUGGUCUGCGCCGUUGUUUUUAUCAUUUGCCUACAUGGCCUACAGGGGGCAGAGGGCAGGCGUGAUGACGGGGGGGUGGCACCAGCAGGCAGGAAAGGGAAAAGCAAGACAGUACCCACUUCGGGUGAGCUGGUGACCAAAGACAUGCACACGUGCACCUGGGAGAUCGACAGCGAGGGUGAGGAUACCCUUCUAAUUCUCAUCAGCUGCAACCAUGACGGUGAGGCCUACCGGUGCCGGUACGCCGGCCGGCCAAGCCUGUGCCGGGAAUUUGGCGCCUCGCCGCGCCGGUACUGGUCCCAGGUGGUGAGCAGGCUGAGAAGGAAGGCCCACGCAUGCCGAGGGGAGAAGGUCCUGAGGCCGCGAAGCUGUCAAACAGCCCCGGCAGAGUCUCACAUGAAGCUGCUCGCCGGCCACAGAGGGCAGGGUGGCGCAGGCAGGACGGGCAGGGAAGGAGGCAGACAGAAGCGCAAGUCGGCCAAGGAGCAGACGGGGCCUCCAGAGGAACAGAGGGAUGCUUUUGGGGAAGCGGACGACAGCAACACCGUGUCGAACACGGAAACAGCAGAAAAUUACUGCGCCGAGGGCUGGCAGACAGUCUGCUCCUUCUUUGUCCGAUUCUUUGAUGGCUAAAUCAGCUCAGAGUAGCACUUUUCGGCAAAUGUCUCCUAUCCACGUGCUGAAUUCAUACGAUGCAUCAUAAAGACACAGUAGCUUUUCUGACAUUUGAUUUUUUUUUGGUAAUUUUACAUGAACUUUUAUAUGUACUUUUGGUAAGAAAAGACAUUAUGAACACAGCCAUCAUCACCAUAAAGCAUAAAUAAUGGUAUAAUGCAUAUGUACAGCAGUGUUACUUGACACUUAUGAUGUAAUAGCUAUAUCGAUUAUUUGACUUUAUAUCAUUUUUACAGCUGAGAAUAUCAAUAAAAUUAAUAGAUAUCAUUAAAGUGCAUUUAGUUAAAUUUUAAGACUAUUUGCAAGGUUCGAUCGCUGUAUUCUUAAAAGUACACCUUUUUAAAGUACUCUGUGUUCUUUUUAGCCUGCUUUAAGAAGACGUAAGAUUAAUUAUGCUGAUACAGUUGGUGGUCUGUUUGUAUUAGGGUUUCAAUAAAUAUUGUUUCA